AUGGCUAAACCUCAACCCUCCUGGGGUCUCGCCCCCGAGAUACCCGCCUCCCCACGAACUAUGCGAACACUGCGAAAGAUCCAGUCUCACCAAGUACUGUCAACCUCCAGCGCGCUCAUCGCCCAAACCCAAGCCUCACGGGCUUCUGAAUCCUAUGCUACAGACAGCGAAAACGCUGGAUUCCCCGGCGCUGCAACACGAGCGCGGGCGCACCGUCGAGCACGAUCGAACAGCGACGCGGCCAAUCGCGAAGCUAUGGCUGCACCACCCACAGCAACACACAGACGACCUGCUCGGAAAACAGGAUCGGGGAUCGGACUCAAGCGAUCGCUGUUGGAGAAUUUCUUGCGCGAUGGCCCCCCGAAUGGAGAUGCCCGUGAGGGGCUUCAGGAGCUGAAAUAUCUCGUGCUGUCCAGCAGAGUGGACGCUGAUGGAGAUGGCAUGUCCCCAUACCGAAUUUACCUAUGGUUGAUCCUCCUGAACGUCCAGCCAAUGCCCACGGACGACUACCUCGCGCUCAUCCACCGCGGCCGGUCCCCCGCUUAUGCCAAAAUCCGUAACGACACAUUCCGAACCUUAGCUACGGAUCCUCUUUUCAAACGCCGUGUUACGGAAGCAAGUUUGAUCCGAUUGCUCAACGCCGUCGCAUGGAAACUUCACGACUCCAAGCCGAAAUCCCGGUCUCGUCCGACCUCCUCUCGGCGGCGCGAGAUGGAGCUCAUUGUCAACACCCCUCCCAGCAUUGCUGAGGAAUCUGCAUUCGGUGGGGAGCUGGAGAGAAUCAAUAGUGGUGCUAUGAGUGAUUCGGCAAUCUACGUUCAAGGUAUGAACGUGCUAUGCGCGCCUUUCCUCUAUGCGGCUCGCAGUGAGGUUGAGGCGUUUGCUCUGUUCCAUUACUUCGUGACUCGGGAAUGCCCGGGGUAUAUUCGUGGUGCUAUGGAUGGCGUGCACAGGGGACUUCGCUUGGUCGAUCGAUGUCUUGAGAUCGUGGAGCCAAAACUUGCGGCAUAUCUCUUUUCCAAAGGCAUGCACGCCGAGCUCUACGCUUUCCCCUCUGUACUUACUCUCUGUGCUUGUACACCGCCACUGCCAGAGGUCUUGCAUCUGUGGGACUUCCUGUUUGCAUAUGGACCGCACCUCAACAUUCUGUGCAUUGUUGCCCAGCUGAUACGGAUGCGAGAUAUGAUCUUCGAAAGCCCGAGUCCAAACAAGAUUCUCCGAUCAUUCCCUCCUCUCGAUGCAAAGGAAAUCAUUGCAUUGACGGUUCUAAUUGUCCGGAAAAUCCCAGAAGAUCUUUACGCAGAGAUGAUCAACCACGCAAAAUAG